GGGAUUUCCGUGCGUUUCCUCUCCUUGCCUUCCUCUUGUAACAUGUCAAGAUCAGAGGGGACCAUGUCAACCAAUGAGUAUGAGGGAGAAGAUACUUUGUCAUGUGAAAAGGAAAGGCAUGCGAGCAAUGCAAGUGCAAAUGCAGAUAAGCAAGAACAGAGUUCAACAGUUCAACAGACUUCCCCUAAACUAUCCGCAAAAGAUCAAUCGCAUCUCUCGGUAUCCUCCCGAGACUCCAUCUUUUAUCAUGUAAUGGUUUCAACUCCGUCUGAAACCUCAUUUCCCCUUCCCUCUCACGCUUGCGUCGGGGAAUAA